GCCAACAUCUCCGCCUGGGCUUCAAGCAUAAAGAACAAAUUCGUGUCACAAGCCCGACAAUUGAGGAUGGCCUAGUCUACAUCAUCGCUGGCUUCGGGUUCGUCAUCACUCAGUUGCUGAUAUUGCUCGCGCUGCUCUUCCUGCGUGCAUCAUGCGCCCCCAAGAGCCAAACUGUCGAACUGGUGUCCUACGAGAAGUCCUACGGUCCCCGCGAAAGCGCUGGAGCAGAUGCGGUGGCCGCUGGCCCGCCCGGCUACAGGAGGCACGAGACGCUACUCUGGGAAGCCAAUACUGUUUUCGUGGAUGAAAAAGACGGGCGGGUUCGGAUCAGCGCACAUGGUUAUUUUGGGAACGCCCUCAAGCCGGGAGAUCGGGUCUUGGGAGUGAAGACCUACUACGAUCGUGAGGGCUUCUUGUCCCUUCCCUACCUGGUGUCCUAUGAAAGCCAAAACGAGCCUCCAAAUGCCGCGGAGACGGCGUCCAGCCUCGCCCGUCUUCUGCGCAAAAUAGCAAGGGGUUGCUGCGUCGCUUGCUCCUCCCCGGACCUGAAGCACAACAGGGGGAUCCUUAGAUGCUGUCGGCGCUGCGCCGACAAAAUCGAGAGAUGGAGCGGAGAGAAAAACCGAUGUCCCACCCAGGGCCAGGAUUCCGCCAGGCUGUCGGAUCCAUCGGCUGAUCUGCUCGGAGGAUGUACAGAAUGUCUGGCCAGACGCCUACACAGUUUUGGUUUUGUGCUGCCGGCUCACAUUGCCGCCAUCCUCCACAUCUACCCGAAAAAGAAGCUGCUUGGCGGAGCCAUUUGUAAGCAUCAACGAUAUUCGUUAUUGCCGCUUUUU